AUGUUCCCACUGUUCCACUUUUUAAGGCGAAGUUCCAAUCGGUACCUACUGUCAGUAAUCCUUUUGAUAACUUCCCUUAUCCUAUUCAUCCAUGUUGUAUCGAAUUCCUCCAGUUUGAACCAGAAGGGAAUCAUAAAUACGGCCAAAGAACAUUAUGAAAGCAUGUGGGAGUUAGUCUCUUCCUCGAAUAGCAGUGCAUCCGGGGCUUCUGAUGAUGAUAAUUCUCUUUGGAAUUACGAACCUCAUGAUGCAGAAACUUUGGAAACGAUAUUCAGUCGUCUGGAAAAGCCAUUAUAUUCUAAUGAAGAUCUAUUUAGAGAAUUCCCAGAAUUGCAGAAUGAUACCAAGAGACUAGAAUUGGAUAAUGGGAAGUCAGUCCUAAAGAAAAAUAAGAAGAUAUACGAUGACUUUCUUGCAUUGGCUAUUGAUGAACCAAAAGUGGAUGAUUUGGUCUAUGAAGAUGAUACUUAUGCAGGGAAGGCUAAUGCUGCUAUUUUGAGUCUGGUGAGGAAUGAAGAUUUGAAGACACUUUUACCAGCCAUUCAACAGAUGGAGGAUAAAUUUAAUAAACGAUUUAAUUACCCUUACAUUCUUCUCAACGAAAGAAACUUUACUGAACGGUUCAAAGAGAGUGUGAGGAGUCUACUACCACCAGAAAGAAUAGUCAAAUUUGGAAAGAUUGAUGAUGAAGAUUGGAAUAUGCCUGAUUCCAUUGAUAACAAUAAGUACCAUUCAGCAGUAGAAAAGCUGAAGGAAGAGAAAGUAUCAUACGUGGACAUGGAAUCGUACCACAAUAUGUGCAGAUUUUAUUCGAGGGAGUUUUAUCAUCAUCCUUUACUGAAAGAUGUAAAAUACACAUGGAGAUUAGAACCGGGUAUCAGUUUCUAUUGUGAUAUCAAAUAUGAUAUUUUCCAAUUUAUGGAGAUGCAUGAUAAAGUCUAUGGAUAUGUAUUAAAUCUUUACGAUGGUCCUGAAUCUAUUAGAACAUUAUGGAAUACUACGAUGCAGUUCGUGGAGAAGAAUCCCCAAUACCUUAACGUAAAUGGGGCUUAUGAAUGGCUGAAGGAAAAUGGACAAAAGCCAAGAAAUUUUGAAAUAACAAACGGUUACUCAACAUGUCAUUUUUGGACUAAUUUUGAAAUUACCAAUUUAGAAUUUUUGAGAUCUGAAGCUUACGAAAAAUAUAUGGAUUUCUUAGAAAAUUCAGGUGGAUUCUAUUAUGAGAGGUGGGGUGAUGCACCUGUCAGAAGUAUUGCCUUAGCAUUAUUCAUUGACAAGAGUAGAAUUCAUUGGUUUAGAGAUAUUGGAUAUAACCAUGCUCCUUAUACCAAUUGCCCCAAAUGUGACCCACAGAAUAACAGAUGUGAUGGAAAGUGUAAGCCAGGUCUUUUUUCAAUUUGGGAUAAUCUUAACACUGAGAAUUGUCAUGCCACUUGGAUCAAAUAUGUAAUGUCAGAGGAAGAAAAACAUAUAUACUAA